GUUGCAUAAAAUGGCCUCUUACAUUCCUUUCUCAGUUAUUUACUUUUUCAUGGCGAAUGCAGAUGAGAACGUGAUUUGUAGUAGUUUGUGCGAUUUUUGUAAUCUUUUUUAAAUUGUUAUUUAAUUGCUUACAUCUCUGUAAACUAUUUAAUCAUUUCGUUAUAUAUAAAUCACUAUGGCUACUUCGGUUAGCACAAAUCCAUCUACCUUAUUGCCUCUAGAAUUAGUUGAUAAAUGUAUUGGUUCUCGGAUACACAUUAUCAUGAAAAAUGACAAAGAAAUUGUGGGAACUCUACAAGGUUUUGACGACUUUGUAAACAUGUUGCUGGAAGAUGUAACGGAAAGCGAAGCAACCCCAGAAGGACGUAGAGUUACAAAAUUGGAUCAAAUUCUUCUUAACGGCAGCAACAUCACUAUGUUGGUGCCUGGUGGGGAGAUGCCGGAUACAUAAAAUUGAUUUUUUAGUCAUCCUAAUUUCAUCAGAUUUACCUUAAUAAAAUUAUAAUGAAAUAUUAAAUGUAAUCUAACUUAUUUCAAGUAAGAUUAUAACGAUAUAAACUCAAGCUCAAUUCUUAUUAAAUAAAUGUUAAUUAUUAUUACAAAA